AUGGCGGAAGAUCUAGUUCUCGACACGGCGAUUAGAGAUUGGGUUUUUAUCCCUCUCUCUGUCGCGAUGGUUCUCAUUGGAAUUCUCUGUUACUGCGUAUCUAAGCUCAUGCGAUCUUCUCCGACUCCAGAUGCGAAGAUUGUCAAAGAAGGACAAGUUGUUAUAAGGGCAGUUAAGGCCGGUGCUAAUUUUAUCCCGCCUAACCGGGUUAGCCUCUUGAAAUAUUGUUUUCUGCAGGAAAAUGGAUUGCUACUUGUUCCCAAGGACCAAGCUCAAAAUCCUCAAGCCCAAAUGUUUUCUGAUCCUAACAUGGCCAUGGAUAUGAUGAAGAAAAAUCUGUCAAUGAUUAUACAGCAGGUAAGUGAAUUGCUGUUCAUCUCUUCUCAAAUGAGCACUGUUGAUGUUAGCUACGUGAGCAGCCGAUCAUGGUACUUUUUAAAUUUGUUUGGAUUAAGAGGCUUAUUCAGUCUCAUUCUUGAAGAUGAAAAUGCAAUUGAUGACACUCAAAGGAUGAUGCAAAUGGGUGGUUUUGGUUUCUGAUGUAGCCUGAAGUGCUGUGCAUGGAAGGAUUGUCUCGACAUAAUUCAACAUGAAUGUUCUUUACCCCGUUCUGAGCAACGAGCAUAAUUCGUUUCGAGACAACUUGUGUGGUAG